GAGAUUUCUGGCGGCGCCGGCGCCAUUUUGCUGGAGCCUGCGACCGAGUGGGAGUGGAGUGGAGCGGCUGUGGUUGCCGACUCUUUCCUCUUCCCCACGGUCCAGUCAGCGGGUUAAUUAGGCCAUCGGCCCUCGAGCCGAGACUUGUCUCAUUUAGUUCUGGGGAGCGCCUCGUCGACAUGAGUGAUGUAGAGGAGAACAACUUCGAGGGCAGAUGAGCGGCCGCGUCUCUGUUGGAACCGGCGGCGUUGCGUCUAUAAAGGCGAAAGCCUUGAGGUUGAAGGUGGGACGAGCCUAAUGAAGUGGUUAAUGUUCGUGAAGAAAUUGAAGAGUUUUUUCCAAGAAUGUGGAAGAUAAAUCAAGAUAAAAGAAGGCUAAUGAAAAGUAUUAAAGAUCAGAAAAUUAAAAUUGAAUGGGGGAAAAAAUUGAACAGAAGAUUGGUCAGAUAGAAGCACUUGAAUUUUUUUUAAGGCUAUUUUGAAUUGUUUGAAUUGGGGAAGAAUACACGAAGUAUGAAAAAUGAAAAACUCAAUGAAGAAUGAAGAGAAGUAGAAAGCAAGAGUGAAGUAGAAUUAAAAGAAUCUGGAAGAAUGAAUGGGUCCUAGGUUAAGUAAAUGUAUGGUUUAUGUUCCAGUGUCUGUAUGAUCAAGUUGUAGAUGAAUUUGCAUGAUUACUUAGUUAAUAGAGAAUUGGUGAUCUGGUUCAAGUAGGGAAUUAUUGAGGACAGUUAGCAGUAUUAACAAUGGGUUAUUAUUGAGCUGAAAUUUUUUCUGGAGGGUGUUGCCUAACCAUUUGUUUUUCAGGAGCAAUCAAUAUAAAUAAUUACGGUACUUUAAAUGUUAGGUGUUAGGCAUCUACAUGACCAGUGCCAUUUGUAAUACUGUCUUCUUUGUUAGGAGUCUCGCUCUCAGUCAAAAUCUCCAGCGGGAACUCCUGCUCGUGUAAAAUCGGAGAGCAGGUCAGGAUCUCGUAGUCCAUCAAGGGUUUCCAAACACUCUGAAUCCCAUUCUCGAUCAAGAUCAAAAUCCAGGUCGAGGUCAAGGAGGCAUUCUCAUAGACGUUACACUCGAUCCAGAUCCCACUCUCACUCUCAUAGGAGACGAUCUCGAAGUAGAUCAUACACACCAGAAUACCGGCGGCGAAGGAGCCGAAGCCAUUCUCCAAUGUCUAACCGGAGAAGACAUACUGGCAGCAGGGCAAAUCCAGAUCCCAACACUUGCCUUGGAGUGUUUGGCCUCAGUUUGUACACAACAGAGAGAGAUCUUCGUGAAGUAUUUUCUCGAUAUGGACCAUUGAGUGGUGUCAAUGUGGUUUAUGAUCAACGAACUGGACGAUCUCGAGGAUUUGCAUUUGUGUAUUUUGAGAGAAUAGAUGACUCAAAGGAGGCUAUGGAAAGGGCAAAUGGAAUGGAGCUGGAUGGUAGAAGAAUUCGGGUGGAUUAUUCUAUCACCAAGAGAGCACACACACCAACACCAGGCAUCUACAUGGGCAGACCAACUCAUAGUGGUGGUGGUGGUGGAGGAGGCGGCGGUGGUGGAGGUGGAGGUGGUGGCAGACGUCGAGAUUCUUACUAUGAUAGAGGAUAUGAUCGUGGGUAUGACAGAUAUGAAGACUAUGAUUACCGGUACAGAAGACGAUCACCUUCUCCUUAUUAUAGUCGAUACAGAUCACGAUCAAGAUCUCGUUCCUACAGCCCAAGACGCUAUUGAUAACGGAAUGGUUGCAAUUAAGGACAUUGUUUUCCUCUUUGUUUUCUUUUUUUUUUUUUUUUUCCUGAGACUUCCCCAAGCUUUGGAUUCUUCCUACUCCUUAAGAAAAAAAUCUUUGGUUUAUUUAGCAUCUACACUUUUGUCAGUUGUGUUGCUGUUUUCCACCCCUUUUAAUUAUACUCUUAAAGAUGUAAUUGUUGUCAUUUUGAGCAGUUAAACAUCUUGAGUAUAAAAAGAACCCCAAUGUUACGCUUUGUAAAUUUUUUUUUUUUUUUUUUUUUUUUUUUUUGCUUUUACCUAAACUUCUAACUAAUCAAAUAAGGAAAGAAACUGUCUUUUUAAAGCUUAUUUUGUGUUAGAUACUGUAUUAGAGAUCUGCAUUUAUCAUGAACUCCUUUUUUUAACUUUAUUUUCAGGAAAGUAACACAUGAAGUAGUUCAGUCAUGUCAGGAUUGUCUGGGGUGGAAUGGAACAGUCAGGUAGUUGAAAGUUUUUUUUUUAGAGAUGGAAAGUUUGUGGACUCCUGUAAAACAUGCCGUAUUUGAAAUACAUCUGUUAAAACUUAAAAACUAAAGUGUGUUUUUUUGUUGUUGUUAAAUUUAUUGAAGUUUAUUCCCUUAAUCAGUGAAGAACAACCCUUAUUUAUUACCUACAGCAGUUGUAUAAUUUGCUGUUAGAAAUUCUGGUAUUGGAACAGUGGGUAAGCAGGUUAUCAUAUAGCAUAGAAUUCUUGAAAGAUACAUGUGGGGAAAAGUAGUCUCAAAUAAAAGCUAAUUUCUUUGAAAA